AUGACCCUCGGGGCAAACAUCAAAAAAAAAUCCAAAGCAAAAUGCAGAAUUACCUUAAUCUGUACGCCGUGGACGGGCUGCGGACUCUCUGUAUUGCAAAAAGGAUUCUCAGCAAGGAAGAGUAUGCCUGUUGGUUAAAAAGUCAUUUAGAAGCAGAAUCCUCUAUUGAAAAUCGUGAAGAACUUCUGUUUCAGUCAGCGCUGCGGAUAGAGAAGAAUCUGCAUCUGCUAGGUGCAACUGGCAUCGAGGACCGUUUGCAGGAUGGUGUUCCAGAGACCAUUGCAAACUUGCGCAAAGCUGGGUUGCAGAUUUGGGUUCUGACUGGAGACAAGCAAGAAACAGCUGUUAAUAUUGCUUAUGCCUGCAAGCUGCUAGAUCACGAUGAAGAAAUCAUCACUUUGAACGCUGAAUCAUCAGAAACAUGUGCUGUCUUGCUGGAGCAGUGUCUGCAAUGUGUAGAAUCUAAAUUUUCAAACAACACAACAGAUGAAGCUACUGGAAACAUGACUGUUGGCUUCGCCCCUCUCUAUCCACCCUCUUCCCCCGUGCUUUCCAGCUUGGGCCUAGUGAUUGAUGGAAGGACUCUAGCUUAUGCCCUGGACCCUACACUAGAAGAUAAGUUUCUUGCACUGGCCAAGCGAUGCCGUUCAGUAUUGUGUUGUCGCUCUACCCCACUCCAAAAGAGCAUGGUUGUGAAACUGGUCAGAGACAAGCUCAAAGCAAUGACCUUGGCAAUAGGUGAUGGUGCUAAUGAUGUCAGCAUGAUCCAAGUGGCAGAUGUUGGCGUGGGGAUCUCUGGUCAAGAAGGCAUGCAGGCGGUGAUGGCAAGCGACUUUGCAAUCCCCAGGUUCCGGCAUUUGGAGAAGCUUUUGCUUGUCCAUGGCCACUGGUGUUAUUCCCGACUCGCCAACAUGGUGCUGUAUUUCUUCUACAAAAAUGCAAUGUUUGUGGCCCUUCUCUUCUGGUACCAGUUCUACUGUGGGUUCUCUGGCUCAUCAAUGGUUGAUCAGUGGUAUCUCAUCUUCUUUAAUUUACUCUUCUCUUCUCUUCCACAACUGAUUACUGGUGUGCUGGAUAAGGACGUGCCAGCUGAAGUGUUAAUUGCUGUACCUCAGCUUUAUAAAAGCGGCCAGAAUAUGGAGGAGUACCAACCACAUAUGUUUUGGAUGAACAUGAUUGAUGCUAUGUAUCAAAGCCUGGUUUGCUUCUUUAUCCCCUAUUUCACUUACUAUGACUCUGAGGUGGAUGUCUUCUCCUGGGGAACUCCCAUCACCACAAUAGCUCUUUUCACCAUCAUACUACAUUUGGCUAUUGAAACCAAAACUUGGACUUUUCUCCACUGGUCGUCUUGCAUCUUCAGUAUCCUUUUGUUCUUCUUUGUGGCUCUGGUUUACAAUGCUUCCUGCCCGGUUUGCCAUCCUCCAUCCAACCCCUACUGGACUAUGGAAAGGCUGAUGGGUGACCCUAUGUUCUAUUUCACGUGCAUUAUAUCACCAGUCGUUGCAUUGCUGCCCAGAUUUCUGUACAGAACCCUCCAGGGAACGCUGUUCCCCACCCAGCUUCAGCUCGGGCGCCAGCUGAGUAGACUGUCCCCAGAGAUGCGCACCCAGCUUCUGACCAAGUUGAAUGUAAAGGAAGCAACACAUCAGACACAGCCCUUUGCAAACAGCUCCUCCCCAAGCCUCGGCCCAAACCCUAAUGAUUGUUACAAGGCUUAUAACCAAAGCACACCUUUGCCAGCAUCUCCUCAAGCAAGCGAGUCACUUUUCCAAGAGCACACGAAGGCAGAACAUACCAGAGGUCAGACUGUGGCUGCCUCUCCCCAGGGUGCUGUGUUGUAUGGGGAAAACAAACGCCCCCCAUCAGCAAGUAGUCUGGAAAGGUCCGUGGGAUUUCAUGAAGUUAGACACAGCACUUCAGAGAUGGAGUCACUGCCUGUGGGAGCAACAUUCCCCUGGAGCUCAGCGGUCGACCAAACAGACUUCAGUUUGUUGAAGUGGAUCACGUCAACUCCGCUGUUCAGCCGCAUCGGGGCUGUGUUACAGGUGGCACCAAGCAGUUUACAGAGCGAAACACAGGACAGUAUGUGUGUGCUUGGCUCCUCUUUGCAUGUGGACUUCGAAGGCUUGAAAGAACAGAGCUCAAAUGACUUGCAGGACAAAAUGAAAGGGAUGCCAGCUGAUCAUUGUAAAAGUGACAAUUGUGAGACCACCUUUUUAUGACAUGGGCCUUAAAUAUAUUUAUAUCUUUUCUAUUUGCACACAUUUAUAGUGAGAUUACUCUAUUUGUUUCCAAAGAUGAAACAGAAAAUCAAAGGUACAGAUUGAUUAUUUAAGAAUGUUUAAAUACAGUAUAUUGAAACAAGAGCUUUAAAUAUAAAAGGAAACACUUGAAAGUUCCAUUUAUAUUGUUUUAUUUUUUCAUCUCAUUUUGUAAGGAAAUGCCAUCUCUUCAUUUUUCAGAGGCUUCUCUUUUAUUCUGACACAUACUGUAAAAGCAAAGGACCUAGCUACUACCAUAUUCAAAUGGAUUAGAUUCAGCAACAAUUACUGAUAUCAUUAUAGGCCAUUGAGUAAUCAAGGAGGAAAACCAUGAUAAUAAAUAGGCACUGUAUUUCAUCCAUCAGCUGCUUGCCAGGGUAUUUUGUCACUGGAGCAAACCAUUAGGCAAGACUAUCGAAUUGUUAUACACCUCUCUGUAAAUGUUAACAGUAUCUUACCACCACAUUAAUAAUACUGGUAUUUUAUAAGUGACACCACAUUUUGAUGUUGCAGCCAUAGCAUUUUAUGUGUCAUGAUAAAGCAAUAAAUAAAUGACCAUCCAUAUUGCAAA